AUGGAGGUGUUGAGCGAAGUGAAGAAGAAAAGGAAAGUGAGGAGGAGUGAAGAAGAGCCUGCCCCGAAGAGAAAGAGGGAAGUGAGGGCAGAAGAGACCAGUAUGGUGAAGGAGGCAGAGGGGGGGAAAGUGAAGGAGACCCCAGGAAGAGUAAUUGCCCCAGAAGUGGUGGACAUUGCCUCAGAGGGUAUGGAAGUCGUUCCAAUAGUGGCGACGAUCGCCGCAGGGGUCGCGAGGGUCGCCCCUGAAGUGCAAGUAGAAGGGGCUCUGCUAAAGAAGGCGGGUGCUGCAAAACUCAAGGCAGAUGAGGCCAAGACUCAGCUUGCAAAAUUGAAGGAGAAGAGUGCAAGUUGGGAGAGUGCCCACGCUGAUCUGCAAGCGGUCAAGGUGGAGCUGGAGAACACACGCUGCCAGGUUGUGUCGCUCGAGUUCCAACUGGCUGGCGAGCAGAAGAGGUUGAAUGAGACCCAAAAAGCCUGUGCGGUCGCGAUCGAACGACAUGAAGAGGCAAUGAGUAGUAAUGAAGAGUUGGUCAGGCAAAAGGAUGAGGCAGACGUGAAGAUUAGCGGUCUGCAGAAAGAGCUGGAGGGCAAGCAGAGAGCCAAGGCGACUGCUGAGAGGGAGACCUUGAAGAAGGAGUUGGAGGCAGAGAAGGCCAAGGCAACUGCUGAAAGGGCAUCCCUGAAGAAGGAGUGGGAGGAAGAGAGGGCUAAGGCAGCCUCUGAAACGGCGAUCCUGCAGAAGGAGUUGGACGAAGAGAGGACGAAGGUAGCCUCUGAAAGGGCGGCUUACCCCGAUCUGUAUGUGGCAGCAGUGGAUCAAUUCAAGGGGUCUGCUGAAUUUCAGAUGGCCGUGGAUGCCGCGGUUGCCAGCAGCUUGGCGAGGGAGGAGUCUGGGGGGGCGGGCCCAUCGAGGACGACUGCUGAGGGGAGAAUUGAAGCGGAAGUGAUUGAGAGCUUCCAGCACUGA